AGAGCAACACUGUAAGCCUGUGUAUCAGGCAGCGCGCACUGGUUUCAAGCAACCAGCAAGCUGGUGAAAGAACUAUAGAGUGUUGUAAUGAAAUUCGCGUUUAGAAAAAUUAUUGGAAAGACGCCAACAUUUCGCUGUUUAUUUAGCUGGUAUAAAUAAAUGGGGAAUCGACAUCUGCUUUAAGACAUGGUGACGGUGGCGUGAGCGCGCUGCCUGCUGAAGUCCACGUUACCUGUAGCUUCUGAAGUCUGUCACAGUGACACUGGCGGAGGAACUUCCUGGUGCGCGAUCCCAUCAUCUACUAGAAGGAGGAGAUGUGGGCAAAAAAUGCUGCUAUCAGUUGUUCCGUGACUUAGUGUGGGAAUUGAGUGUACUGUGCCUGGACUGAAUAAAGCUUUUAAUAUAUACGGUUUGAAUAACAUAUAUAUAUCUGCUGCUGUACAAUUUCGGAUUUUAUUGAUAAGAUACUGGACAUGUAAGCAGACGAAGAGGCGUUUUCUAGCUGGGAGAAUCAGGAAUCUGUUCGUUAAGUGUCACCGGAAAGGGUUGAGUCAAAGCCGAUUAACCGCAGUCAGGAGUGCCCGGCACCUCCGAAGGUUAACUGGAUUUAUUGGGGGGGAAAACUGAGAAAGAGUGUGGCGGCGGAGACCGUAAAAGAGAAGCGCCUAGGAGGCUGCACAGCCCGGGGAGUAAAUCUGGGAGCUGAUUCCGGCAUUUGCAUGACUUUGUCCAUCGGGGAAAAGCUGCGCUGUAGGUGAAUCACACGCCGCGUCUGACUUCGGCUUACCGGGGAAAAGAGCAAAAGCAGGUGGUGGGCAUGAUGGAGAGUGCCCUGACGGCUCGGGACCGGGUGGGGGUGCAGGACUUUGUGCUCCUGGAAAACCACACCAGUGAGGCGGCCUUCAUGGAGAACCUGCGUAAGAGGUUCAAAGAGAACCUCAUCUAUACGUACAUCGGGUCGGUUCUGGUCUCCGUCAAUCCAUACAAGGAGCUGGAGAUCUACACCAAGCAGCACAUGGAGCGCUACCGUGGAGUCAACUUCUACGAGGUGUCCCCGCACAUCUAUGCCGUAUCCGACAACGCAUACCGCUCCAUGCGGGCGGAGCGACGGGACCAGUGCAUCCUGAUCUCGGGCGAGAGUGGGGCCGGCAAGACCGAGGCGUCCAAGAAGAUCCUGCAGUACUACGCCGUGACCUGCCCUGCCAGCGAGCAAGUGCAGACUGUGAAGGACCGGCUGCUGCAGUCCAACCCCGUGCUGGAGGCUUUUGGAAACGCCAAAACCUUGCGCAAUGACAACUCCAGUCGCUUCGGGAAAUACAUGGACAUCCAGUUUGACUUCAAGGGUGCACCAGUGGGUGGCCACAUCCUGAACUACCUGCUGGAGAAAUCCCGUGUGGUUCACCAGAACCACGGCGAGAGGAACUUCCACAUUUUCUACCAGCUGAUCGAGGGAGGAGAUGAGGACCUGCUGAGGAGACUGGGCCUGGAACGCAACACGCAGCAGUACCAGUACUUGGUCAAGGGAAACUGCCCAAAGGUGAGCUCAAUCAACGACCGCAAUGAGUGGAAGGUGGUGAGCAAGGCCCUGACGGUCAUCGGCUUCAGCGAGGAGGAGGUGGAGGAGCUGCUCAACAUUGUCGCCAGCGUUCUGCACUUGGGAAACCUCCAGUUCGGCACGGAGGAAAGCGGAUAUGCGUACAUCACCACGGACACCCAGAUCAAAUACCUGGCCCGGUUGGUAGGUGUGGAGGGGGCGGCUCUCAAGGAGGCUCUGACUCACAAGAAGAUCAUCGCCAAGGGAGAGGAGUUGAUGAGCCCCUUGAACCUGGAGCAGGCAGCGUCCGCCCGGGACGCCCUGGCUAAGGCCGUCUAUGGUCGCACCUUCUCCUGGCUGGUCAACAAGAUCAACCACUCUCUGGCCUUCAAGGAUGAGCAGUUUCCCAGCAGUAAGAAUACCUCAGUCAUUGGUUUGUUGGACAUCUAUGGGUUUGAAGUCUUCCAGCAGAACAGUUUCGAGCAGUUCUGCAUCAACUACUGCAACGAGAAGCUGCAGCAGCUGUUCAUCGAGCUGACGCUCAAAUCUGAGCAGGAGGAGUACGAGUCAGAGGGCAUCACGUGGGAACCGGUCCAGUACUUCAACAACAAGAUCAUCUGUGAUUUGGUCGAAGAGAAGUUUAAAGGCAUUAUCUCCGUUCUGGAUGAAGAGUGUCUCCGACCUGGAGAUGCCAGUGACAUCACCUUUCUGGAGAAGCUGGAGAGCACGUUGGGUGGCCACGCCCACUUUGUCACCCACAAGCUGGCAGAUGGGAAAACACGCAAGGUGAUGGGCAGAGAGGAAUUCCGGCUGUUACAUUACGCUGGGGAGGUCAACUACAACGUCAAUGGCUUCCUGGACAAGAACAACGAUCUCCUUUUCAGGAACCUGAAGGAGGUCACGUGCCAGUCAGAAAACAAGAUCCUGAGCCAGUGCUUUGACAAGGAGGAACUCUCAGACAAGAAGCGCCCGGAGACGACGGCGACUCAGUUUAAGACCAGCCUGGCGAAGCUGAUGGAAAUCCUGAUGUCCAAGGAACCCUCCUACGUCCGCUGCAUCAAGCCUAACGAUGCCAAGCAAGCAGGCCGCUUCGACGAGGUUCUGAUCCGACACCAGGUGAAGUACCUGGGCCUGAUGGAGAACCUGCGAGUCAGGAGGGCUGGCUUUGCCUACAGGCGUCGUUACGAGGUUUUCCUGCAGAGGUACAAGUCUCUGUGUCCGGCCACCUGGCCCAACUGGCAGGGCCGCCUGGCCGAUGGCGUUUCCACGCUGGUCAAACAUCUGGGCUACAAGCCAGAGGAGUAUAAGAUGGGCAGGACCAAAAUCUUCAUCCGCUUCCCCAAGACGCUGUUUGCCACUGAGGAUGCUUUGGAAGUGAGGAAGCACGGCCUGGCCACCAAACUGCAGGCCUGCUGGAAAGGCUACAGCCAGAGGUCCAAGUACCUUAAGAUGAGGCAUGCAGCUAUCCUGGUCCAGGCUUGGUGGAGAGGUAUCCUGGCCCGCAGGGUGGCCAAACGCAGAAGAGAAGCUGCCAAUACCAUCCGCAGGUUCAUCAAGGGCUUCAUCUUCCGCAAGCAUCCACGCUGCCCUGAGAAUGAGUACUUCCUGGACUAUGUCCGCUACUCCUUCCUCAUGACCCUGAAGAGAAACCUGCCUAAAACUGUCCUGGAUAAGAGCUGGCCCACUGCUCCGCCAGCACUCACCGAGGCUUCGGAUCAGCUGCGGAAGCUGUGCAUGCAGAACAUGGUGUGGAAGUACUGCAAGAGGAUCAGCCCCGAGUGGAAGCACCAGAUGGAGCAAAAAAUGGUGGCGAGUGAGAUUUUCAAAGAUAAGAAAGACAACUAUCCCCAGAGCGUGGCCAAGCUCUUUGUGGGGACACGACUGAAUGGGGAAGAGAUCAACCCAAAGGUGUUCCAGACUCUAGGCAAUGAGAAGAUGAAGUACGGUGUCCCAGUCACCAAAUACGACAGGAAGGGGUACCGGGCUCGACCUCGCCAGCUCCUGUUGACUGGCACCUACGCUGUACUCGUGGAAGAUGCCAAGGUCAAACAGCAUAUCGACUACUCCACACUCCAGGGCAUAUCGGUCAGCUCCCUGAGCGAUGGACUCUUUGUCCUGCACCUACCAUGCGAGGACAAUAAGCAGAAGGGUGACGUCGUGCUGCAGAGUGACCACAUCAUCGAGACCCUGACCAAGGUGGCCAUCUGUGCAGACAAGAUCAAUAACAUCAACAUAAACCAGGGCAGCAUAAAGUUUGCAUUUGGUCGUGGUAAGGAGGGAAUCAUCGACUUCACUCCAGGCUCUGAGCUGCUCAUCACUAAAGCCAAGAACGGACAUCUGUCUGUGACGGCCCCCCGACUCAAUUCAAGAUGAUGCGGAAGGACCACAGAAUAAGUGACCUUGGAUCAUAUUUGUAAACAUUGUCUCCAUUUCACCAAUCAGAUGACUGCAUGGCCCUGCUUCAGCCAAUCAGAUCACAGUAAAGGCCUAGGCAUCCAAAUGAGAAAAUCCCAUUAAACUACACACUAAUUAUGUUUUUUUUUUUUUUUUUACAUUAACCCUAUUGUUCUUUAAUUAUACUAUUAUAAGUCGUGCUGGCUAGAUGUUAGUCCACACUGUGGAGGGAUAGCGAUCCUCAAACAGCAAGGUGAGAUUUCCCGGCGCUGAAGCCGGUGGCUGUGUGACUUCAUCCCUCCAUGGCUGCUUCUCUGCAGCGAACCUUCAGUCGCCUUGCUUUCCAGUUACACCAGUUUGCUUCCCUCUCGCUGCCAGAUUUUGCCCACUACUUGGUUACAGGACAGAGUACGGCAGCAGUACAUUGGAAAUUUUACAAAUGUCUCCUUUUCCCCCCAAACAUGAGGUGCCUUUGUGAAUUUUGUUGUUGGAAUGCAGUUUGUACAUGUUAAUUAUAUGGAGACACUCGCACAGUUGUCUAGCUUCUCUACACACCCACCAAAUAUCAAUAUCAAAUGAAUAUCAAAGCUUUAAGAUGUUUUUAUAAAGUUUUUUUCCCUGGUACUGCCUGUCUGUCUUUCCGUGACCCCCCCGCUACAAUCAGGGGGUGGUUCAGGCCCGCUAAACAUUGUGCAGAUCCAUAUUUGUGGGGAUUGUUGACAUGGUAACUAAGAAUACAGUGGGGGUGUCUGGGAAGGAUUACUAAAUAUCUCAGAAAUUGCUAUUUGUCACACUGACUUGUUCUGUAGUUCCAGCCAAAGGAAAGUGUCCAAACCAAAAUGAUUCCUUACCAUCUUCUUUUUUUCUUUUGAUACUUGUCACAAAGAGGCAUUGAACUGGGAUGAUUCCGCAUAGAUACAGAGAUGCCUUAUUGUCAUUGGUCCACACACAGAUUGUACUUUAGAAUGUACAGUUUUCAAGUGAGUGGAGUAGUAACAUUUUAGUAACUUAUUAUUGGAAUACCAUCAUUUUCAAAGACGUUUCAGAAUCAUUUUAAUAUAUAUUCUUCCCCAUAAUAUAAAAUCUUUUUUUUUUCUCCUCAUAUUGUGAACCCAAAAAUUACACGGUUUUUUCUUGUAUUGUUCGAGUAGAUCUUCCGCGUUCACUAGGUGUGUUACAUAGACUCUAAGACAACUUCAGGUAAAUUCCGAAUGUUUAAUAAAAGGUGCAAAUGGGCUACAUUUUCUACAGCAAGGCUGAGGAGGUUAAAUGCUUAUGUUAAGCCACAGAAGAAUUUCACACUGUGUAUAUGUAAACUUUCUAUACUAUUCCUCUGCGUAGUACUUAAUGUGGAGGAUUCAUCAACCAGGACUUUCUUUGUCCAGAUGUUUUUAUAACGUGUCACGCCCCUGCUUUUGAAUAAUACUCUUAUUUACCUUUAAUAGGUCCUCCGUCUUUCAGACUGGGGGAGCGUUUCUCUUUCAUUCUGUCCAUAUACCUGCCCCGCUACCCUUCAUCCCCUGGCCCCUUAGUUCCUUUCUCUCGACCUUCGGUAGGUCAAAUGUGACGGGGGGAGAGCCGUGAAGUUUGGAGAUGAGCUUAUCCCGAUUCGCUCACGCAGGGACGAUGCUAGCCAAAGAAACUGUGUGGUACACAGAUACACGUCGAAGUAUAUGCCAGCGUAAGGCAUUGUUUUUAAAAAAAUACAAAAUCUUGCUAACGUGCCUUGUAUUUCAAUGUAAAUGAAAACUCGUUUUUACUGAAGUAAUAUCUUUUCCAAGAUGCAUCUCCGCGUGUUUUGCUCUAGUUUUCUAUGUAAUGUAUCUACUGCUUUUCUGCUGUUGUAUUGUCGACCCGCUACGGCAGAGGAACACCUGUGGUUGGAAUAUGAACAGAAAAUAUCCCGCACGCGUAUAACCUGCAGAUUCCUUCCAUGCUUUACAGGUCCACGUCUCCGCUCUCUUCUCCGUCUGCCUAUGGGCCUACUAAAAGGUCUUAAAUAAUUUGUAUUCGUUUGUGAGAUAUUAUAUAGCCCUACAUGCUAUUGUGUAUAAUCAAAUGACACCCAGGAAUAGAAAAAAGGAAAUCUGUUCAAAGUUUCAAAAUAAAAGCGGUGACAUGAUUAA